AUGGCUUCUAGCUUCAUUUUGACCCUUUCCGGCCCUGACCGCCCCGGUAUUGUCCACGCGGUCACUGCAUUCCUUGUGCAGAACAACCUCAAUAUUAUCGAUUCGUCGCAAUUCGGUGAUCCUGCCUCUAAACGCUUCUUUAUGCGGACACAAUUUGCGAUUGCAAGUGGAGAUGAAACCCCCGAACUCGAGAAAUUGCGCACUGCAUUCGAGCCUACUGCGCAGUCGUUCUCCCUCGACUUUGAGAUCAACCCCACUGUGAAGAAGCCCCGCGUGCUGAUCAUGGUCUCCAAGAUUGGCCACUGCCUCAACGACCUACUAUUCCGCCAAUCUACCGGCCAGCUUAGCAUUGAGGUGCCCUUAAUCGUUUCCAACCACCCAGACUUCGCUACCCUCGCGGCCACCUAUAAUAUCCCAUUCCACCACCUCCCUGUCACCGCGGAUACCAAGGCGCAGCAGGAGGCCCAGAUUUUGGAAUUGGUGAGCCAACACAAUGUUGAUUUGAUUGUGCUGGCCCGGUAUAUGCAGGUGUUGUCCCCAACCCUGUGUUCCGCCAUGUCCGGUCGCAUUAUCAAUAUCCACCACAGCUUCCUGCCCUCUUUCAAGGGUGCCAAGCCCUACCACCAAGCCUACGACCGCGGUGUGAAAAUCAUUGGUGCCACUGCCCAUUUCGUCACCAGUGACCUGGAUGAAGGCCCAAUCAUCGAACAGAAUGUUGUUCGGGUCAACCACGGCAUGAGCCCUAAGGAGCUGACCCAUGCUGGCAGCAAUGUGGAAAGCAACGUACUCGCCACGGCUGUCAAGUACGUGACAGAGCGCCGUGUGAUUUUGAACGGCCACAAGACUGUUGUCUUCAACUAA